AUGCCAGACAGUAUGCCAUUGGUCAGUGAAAUAUGCAAUAGAACCCUUCAAGUCUUUGGGCAGAGACCAUGCCUAUGGCAAGUUGAAGUCACACAAGCAGUCCUCCGAUGCGACCAAGAUGUUGUUUCAAUAUCUGCAACCGGCUCUGGCAAAACAAUGACAUUUUGGAUGCCAUUACUAUUCCACCCCCAAGGAAUCCAGAUUGUUGUCACUCCCCUCAACAUUCUCGGUACCCAGAAUGUGGCUGCAUUGGAGAAAUUGUCUAUCAAAGGGCUUGCACUACAUGCUGAGACUGCAACAAAUGCAAACUUCAAAGUAAGACUCACUGUGCAAGAAUAUCGUGUCAUUGUCACCAAUCCAGAGACCCUUAUGAAGGCCAAUGGCGGUUUCGAUAAACUGUGGAAAAAUCAUCUUUUCACAUCACGAAUUAUUAGCAUUGUGUGGGAUGAAGCACAUUGUAUCAGCAAAUGGGGAGACUUCCGCCCUGAGUACAAGCUUGCAGGACGUCUCCGAUAUAUCAUACCGUCCAGGAUUCCAUAUUUCAUCACCUCUAUGACAUUACCAGCUGCUGUCCUUGAUGUCAUCACUGAAACGAUGCGACUUUGCAAAAAUACCUGUAUCAUUCACCGCUCCAAUGACCGGCCAAAUGUUCACCUUGUUGUGUGGGAAUUCCAAUAUCCCAUGAGCAGCUACCUUGACCUCGCCUUCCUCAUCCCAGAGAAUGUGACACUGGAUUGGAAACCACCCAAAUUCUUGGUAUUCUUUGAUGAUAUCAGCAAGUUGGUAGCAGCGGCAAAGUUUCUGAGGUUGCGUUUGCCUCAGCCGCUUCGAAGUAUGUUGAAAUUUGUGUGGUUCAAUGCAGAGAUGACACCAAAUUUCAGAGAAGAACAUACCAAAAACCUCAAAGCAGGCACAGUGUAUGGCUUAUGCUGCACAGACUCCUUUGGCAUGGGCGUUGACUUAUCGGAUAUUGCCCUCGUUAUCCAAUGGCAUAUGUCUUGUGACCUGUGCACCCUCUGGCAACAGUUUGGAUGUGGCGCACAAGACCCAUCAACAGAAGCUACAGCCUUCCUUCUCGUUGAGUCGAAGUAUUUUGAUAGAAGCAGACAGAAGAAAGCAGAUAAUAGAGACAAGCGAGAACAAGCCAAG